AUGAGGAGGUAGAAGCUAUCAGCUGAUCCCUGCUCCCGAAAGGUGCAAAUUCGUUGAUUCAGUUUUCGUAUAGAGAUAUAAACAAGCGGUUAGCAGAUGUCAGUGCAGCACUAUAAUAUGGAAAAGAGAAAGUAUGCUGGCAGGUCAGUUGUUUGUGACAGGGAGAUAAAUCUUUGUUUACCUUCGUGAUGUCCAUUUUGACACAAACUACCGCGUCAUAGAUAUUUUUAUUCGCAAUGGAGCAAAUCGAGAGAAAGAGCGCCGAAUUCGAGGACUUCGGAAGGUUUCAGAUAGAGUCCAGGAGCUUUUCAAGACAAUUUUCCGGAAUUUACAAGGCCCGAUUGUCCUCGCUCAAGGCUAAGGUUUUAAAACGAGCCAGAGCUAAGUGGAAUGUUUUUGAUAGGCAAGCAUAAAGUUUUACACAUUGUUGACUUGACAAAGGAUGAGUACGAAGAAGUGCCUUCCAUUAUCAUUGGUACACUGUACAAGCAUCAAGAGCUCAAGCCAUCUAUUCUGAAAGAAAUAGCAGAAGAGCUCCAAGCAGUGCCCCAACCUUCUCGAUUGAACUAUUGUUCUACAAAAGAUUCAUUAUAUCUAGAAGAUGACGUUUCACGUGUGAAACUAGUCGGUAAUCUCACCGCAGAAGCAUUGGUUACUGGUUUAAUCUGCGCUGUUUGUGGACAUCAAACAAAGGAUGGAUCAUUUUGGGUAGAAGAUGUGUGUUACCCAGGACCUUAUUUGAGAUCCUUGAAUCAAACACCCAGUAGCUGUGCCAAAGAUCAUGAUAAAUUCAUACUGUUUUUAUCAGGAUUAGAUUUUGUUAAUGAAGCUGAUUCAAUCCCGAUGGAUCUUUUGAUAGAAUGGAUUACCGGUUCAUUGGGAGAAGAAUUUGUUCAAGAAGAAGCAGCUAAAAUCGUGCGUGUUAUCAUAGCUGGAAAUAGCGUAAGAGGGUUACCUAAAACUUUCACGCGUAAAGGUUACUUUGAAAAUAAGCGGAAGGAGGCUCUGGUUAAUUUAGAAAUGCAUCACUCUGUGCACAGAUUAGAUAAAUUUAUUAGUAAGAUUGCAGGAUCUUGCAGUGUGACUCUGAUGCCAGGAGAAUUUGAUCCUUCGUGUCAUUCGCUUCCCCAGCAUUCUCUGCACCCUAACAUCUUACCCAUAUCAUCAAGAGGAAAAAAUUUGUAUGGUACUACCAAUCCUUGGAUUGGUAAAAUAGGCUCUCGAAUUGUCGGCGGAUCCAGUGGUCAACCUAUAGAGGAUAUAAUGAAAGUAUCAAACGUCGAUCUUUCACCUUUAGAUUGGUUAGAAAAAACAUUGGAGUGGCAGCAUUUCGCACCAACGGCGCCUGAUACAUUAGCAGAAUACCCCUUUGAUCAGGCAGAUCCACUGGUCAUGAACGAAAUUCCCAAUAUAUAUUUCGUCGGAAAUAUGGAAAGAUACGAGACUAAAUUAGUACAAAGUAUUGACAGAAACGACGACUCCGAAGGUCAACCCGUGAGGUUAAUAUGCAUACCUAAAUUUUCCACUAGUCAAACAGCGGUUCUGGUAGAUUUAGAUUCGCUAGACACAAAGCCAGUUUCUUUCGGUGCAGUAGAAUAAUCAAGAUCUAUCCUUCUAUAUCUGCCACAAUUUCGAGCCUAACGACAAUAUGCAAAGGCUCUGAAAUCAUUUAUUUAUUGUGGAUUAUGCAAUCAGAAUCAGCUCGAUUUACACAGUACUCGCGCUAAAAUUAUAUUAUUUAUUUUACUCUGUUUUAGUAUUUUAUAUAUAUAUAUAUAUAGACUUUUUAAAAUUUUCACACAGUACAUAUUUUGUAUAUAUAUAAUCUUUUUCGUUUACUUAUAACUAAGACUUAGAAGGUAUUUUCCAAGUUGUUUAAACCUGGUUAAAAGUUUUGGCCGUAAUCUUAUUUUCCCGACGGGAAAUAUGCGUUGAUAUAUACUCUAUUAAUAUUAAUAGCAUCACAUGAGUCUAAGGAAGUUGAAGCUCCUCAAAGAGAUUUGAAAUCCUUAAGAUUAAGUAGGAGAACUCUUGUUCUAAGAAAGUUUAAAAUGUGAAACUAGUUCAAAAUGAAACGCAUCAGUUGUUAUACUACAAAUUAUGCAUCCGUUAUAGAGCAAGAAAAUAAUCGAGUAAAUCUUUAAAAUUGAAAAAUUCCAGCGUGUCGUCGAGACAAAACACAAAUUGUACAUACGCAAAGUAAAUCUAUUCUCGCAGUUAACUUUAUAUCGAGAAACGUAAACAAGAGAAAAUAAA